AUGAAGUUAUCGCCCACUACACUGACCAUCGCUUCGUUGAUUGGUUCUAACGUUAUCGUCUCUGCUUUACCGUAUGCGGCAGAUAUCGAUACCGAUUGUACUACCACUGCUCACCGUUCUCAUCAGCAUAAGAGAGCCAUUGCUGUUACGUACGUAUACGAAACGGUCACUGUCGAUAAAAACGGGCAAACCGUAAGUCCAACUUCAGUCGAAACAUCUUCUACAGUCGCUUCUACUACCACUUUGGUUCCUGAAUCUUCGGUCGUCAGGUCAUCUAUAAAAACUACGUCUUCUUCCGAAGAAACUGAACGAGUCUCUACCACUACCACUACUUCAUCUUCUGCUCCAACGACUUCGACCUCUUCAAAAGCUUCCACCACUGCGUCCCCUGUAUCAGUUACCACGUCUUCAGAAGUCGCCAGCUCGACUGAUAGCAUAUAUGGUGAUUUAGCAGAUUUUUCAGGACCAACUGAGAAAUUUCAAGACGGUACUAUUCCCUGUGAUCAAUUUCCAUCCGGCCAAGGUGUUAUCCCCAUUGGUUGGUUAGAUGAAAGUGGCUGGUCUGGUGUUGAAAACACCGACACUUCUACGGGCGGCUUAUGUAAGGAAGGUUCUUACUGUUCCUAUGCUUGUCAACCAGGUAUGUCCAAGACACAGUGGCCUUCUGAGCAACCAUCGGACGGAAGAUCCAUUGGUGGCUUAUUAUGUAAAAAUGGCUACUUGUACCGUUCGAACACCGAUACCGACUAUUUAUGUGAAUGGGGUGUUGAUGCCGCUUACGUCGUCUCCGAAUUGAACAAUAACGUUGCCAUCUGUAGAACCGAUUACCCGGGUACCGAAAACAUGGUGAUUCCAACUUACGUUCAAGCUGGCGACUCUUUGCCCUUGACUGUGGUUGACCAAAAUACUUACUACACUUGGAAAGGCUUGAAAACAUCCGCUCAAUACUACGUUAACAAUGCCGGUGUUUCUGUCGAAGAUGCUUGUGUUUGGGGUUCUUCAAGCUCAGGUGUCGGUAACUGGGCUCCAUUGAACUUUGGCGCUGGUUCUUCCGAUGGUGUUGCAUAUCUUUCCUUGAUCCCUAACCCAAACAACGGUGAUGCGCUGAAUUACAAUGUCAAGAUCGUCGCCGCUGACGUUUCUUCCACAGUCAUUGGUGAGUGUGUUUAUGAAAACGGUAGCUUCAGCGGCGGUACCGAUGGUUGCACCGUUUCUGUCACGGCCGGUAAAGCCAAAUUUGUUUUAUACAACUAA